UUUCACAUGUGACGACAGAUUACCACGUGACCUCGUUUGUGUAUAAAUCCCGAGCAUUGAGAAGUUGGCUCGUAAAGCGAAACGACCAUGUCCAAGAAUAUCGAUACCAACUUCGCCAAGAACUGUUACACCAACAGUCGGGUGCGGGUGCCCGACUACUCCCGUCUCCACCCGAUGGUGCCCCGCCUAUACACACAGGAGUGGAAGACAGACAUGAAGAACAGGGAGCUCAUCCUCAAGAAUGCUGACUUGGGAGGCAUCCCCCAUUACGAGCACGACGAGAACAUGUUCCUUGAGAAACGAGAACAAAUGGCCUACAACGUGGAGGUACGGAACCGCGUGGAGAGCAAGUGCCCGCUGCCAGACCGCGCCCACCUCCUCCGCCCCCCCUUCCACCACGAGGCGUCCAAGUACCAGAGCUCGCUCAUGUACAGAAGCGAUAACAAAGACUUCGCCUGAUUCAUAACAUGGUGCUGAGAAAAAUGUGAAAUUGAUUUAAAUUAUGUUCUGAUAAAUAAUUAAGAUCAAGAAAUACUUGUCUCUGUUGUGCACGUUUAGGCCUUUAUUUGAGUCCCUAUAAACCGGUGUUGUGGUCAUAACACGUGAACGUCUGAGUUUAUACAUUUGAAAUUCGGUGAUAAUUCGUUUAUCAAAGUUAUGUGUGUAUAUAAACACUUUAUGUUUGUCACAUAUGGCAUUAUUUUAUGUCAUGUAUCUAUAUAUGACAAUGUUGUGUUUGUUUAUGAGUGUGUUUUUUUAUUUUUCACGAAUUAGUCCCGAUUGUCUAGCGUUUGGCCAUGUCAGUAUUAUGAUUGCACAGCAGUAUUAUAUGUUGAAUGUGUUAGGGGAGAGUGUGUGUUUCAUCUAGUGUCUUUAAAACAAUCAUGUGUAUUACAUCAAAAUACGUUAUGCAUUAUGAAUUAUAUUUCUUGGAGAUAAACACUUUUACAAACUU